AUGACUCCUACCUCCCUUCCAGGAACCAAAUGUUGUAACCUGGGACCCUGCCAAGCUUGUGUUAACCCAAACUUCUUCCUUCGAAGCAAGGUCAAGGUCAUUUCAGGGACAGGAUUUCCUAAUACAGGACUCCCCAACACAGGAUAUCCUAAUACUGGGAUCCCCAACACUGGAAUUCCCCCUAACACAGGAUAUCCCAACACAGGAAUUCCCCCUAACACAGGAUAUCCAAAUACUGGAACACCAAACACAGGAUAUCCCAACACAGGAAUUCCCCCUAACACAGGAUAUCCCAAUACUGGAACACCAAACACAGGAUAUCCCAAUACCGGAACACCAAACGCAGGAUAUCCCAAUACUGGAACACCAAAUUCAGGAUAUCCCAAUACAGGGAUACCCAAUAGUGGAACACCUAACAUGGGAUAUCCCAACACAGGGUAUCCCGAUACAGGAUUUCCCAACUCAGGAUCACCAAAUUCUGGGUUCCCCACAGCUGGUAACAUGAAC